UGGAGUUUCAACACUACUACAGUAAGAAUGUUACAGAUGAAAAAUCGUAUGAAAUAUUGCUCUGUCGCCAUCGCUGCGAACAGACUGGUUUCAGGACCGGUGAAGAACCCUGUUGUCUUUAUGGACAUUACAGCUGACGGAGAGUUCAUUGGAAGAAUUAUUAUUGAGCUCUAUGCUGACGUUGUACCCAAAACAGCUGCAAAUUUCCGGGCCCUUUGUACAGGAGAGCAUGGCUUUGGAUAUAAGGGCUCAGUAUUCCACAGAAUCAUCCCUGAGUUCAUGUGUCAGGGUGGAGAUUUCACUAAUCAUAAUGGCACUGGUGGAAAAUCUAUUUAUGGAAAGACAUUUAAUGAUGAGAAUUUCAAGCUGAAACACACUGGACCAGGUGUUCUAUCCAUGGCCAACUCUGGGCCUAACACAAAUGGAUCCCAGUUUUUCAUCUGCACUGCAAAAACAGAAUGGCUAGAUGGCAAACACGUUGUUUUUGGGCAGGUCAAAGAGGGAAUGGAGACGGUCUCUGUGAUGGAGUCCUGCGGCCUACAUGAUGGAGGAACUUUAAAGAAGAUUGUCAUCACAGACUGUGGAGAACUCAAGUAACCAAGGAUGUGCAUUCAUUUCAAUGUGAUCGAAGGGUUUCACAACAAAACUGCUUAAUGCAUGUAAUUUAUAGUAAACUAUU